CUUCGCUUUCUUGAUCUCUUCGAUCGGAAAUUGAGAUUUGAGAAGGCGGAAGAUCGGUUGUCGGACGUUCGAUUCUGAAACCAAAUUUUCUUCUUUAGCGCUUUAGGGUUUUGAAUUAGUGCAGUCGGCAGAAAUGAUCAUACAAGGUACUCGUGUGCCGUUGAAGGGGUGGCAGCAGGCGGCGGUUGCGGUUGGAUCGGCGGUGGGUGCAUUGCUUGACCCGCGGAGAGCGGAUUUGAUCGGAGCUCUCGGUGAAACCACGGGGAAGCCUGCUUUCGAAAGAGUUCUUGAGAGGAUGAAGCGAAGCCCAGAAGGCAGAGAAGUGCUAUCAGAGAGACCACGUGUAGUAUCAUCACAAGUAGCGCACGCAUGGGACCUACCGGAGAACACAUUUGGCGCAGCCUACGCAAGAUUCAUGGGAUCAAGAAAUUUCUCGCCUGACGAUCGUCCGCCAGUGAGGUUCAUAGAGACCGAUGAACUUGCGUACGUCGCAACACGGGCUCGAGAGGUGCACGACUUCUGGCACGCCCUUUUCGGUCUCCACACAAACUUGAUUGGCGAAUCAGCGCUGAAGGUGAUAGAGUUCCAUCAGAUGUACCUGCCAAUGUGCCUGAUGUCUGUCGUGGGGGGCACAGUGAGGUUCAACGAGAAACAGAGGAAACUGUUCUUCCAGCACUACUUUCCUUGGGCUAACACUGCUGGAAUGAAGUGCACAGAUCUCAUGUGUGUAUACUACGAGAAGCACUUCGACGAAGACUUGGAGGAUGUGAGAAGAAACUGGGGGAUAAUUCCUGCUCCUGCUGCCCCCUAAUUAGAAAAGCUUCAGAUGUUUGCUUUUGCCAAGUUUGAGGGAGCAUGAUGAGAAUUGAAUAGAGGUUGUGAAUGUGGUCGUUCAUGUGUUUUGUCGACUUCAUUGCUUGCUGGGUUCAGCUUAUGUCUAUGAUGGAAAUCGCAAGUUUGUAAUUGAAGACCUCAAAGUGUACGGAAAAAAUGUGCUUACACAAAUACGGUUACAGAUAGAAAUUGUCAUUUUCAUCUUUACUAUUUUCAGUUCAUCAUCUUCAAGCUUUGCGUUACUCGCGACAGCAUGACUUCUGCAGCAGCUGAGGAGAGUUAAACGGAACUGAUCGUGCAAAAUCGAUUGUAACAAAAACACCAAGGAAAUCAACUGAAAAU